AUGGCGGCGCCGGAAGCGGCGGAAGCGGAAGCGCCGUCCUACCGGCCCCUCUACUGCCUCUUCGCCGAGUGCUGCGGGCCGCGCCCGGGCCGGCACUUCGGGCCAGCCCUGCAGCAGGAUUUGGAGAAGAGGCUGUUCGGCCAGCACCUCGCGCAGAAGGUGAUUGUCAAAGCCGUGACCGGCUUCCUGAGCAAUGCGAACCCCAAAAAGCCUCUCACCCUCUCGUUGCAUGGCUGGACGGGCACAGGCAAGAACUACGCCAGUAAAAUCAUUGUCGAGAACAUUUACAAGUCGGGCUUGAACAGCAAAUACGUCCAUCAGUUUGUGUCCACUUUGCAUUUUCCACACGCAAGUCUCAUCAGGCAAUAUACGGAUGACCUGCAGUCCUGGAUUCGGGGAAACGUGAGUGACUGCGCCAGGUCAAUUUUUAUAUUUGAUGAAAUGGAUAAAAUGCAUGCAGGACUCAUAGACUCCAUUAAACCAUUCUUAGAUUAUUACGAGCAACUUGAUGGGGUGUCUUAUCGGCAAGCCAUCUUCAUCUUUCUCAGCAAUGCAGGGGCAGAAAAGAUAACAGAAGUGGCACUGGAUUACUGGAGAAAUGGAAAGAAAAGGGAAGACAUAAGCCUCAAAGAACUGAAUGAUGUGGUCUCUCUGUCUGUUUUCAAUAAUAAGAAUAGUGGCUUUUGGCACAGCAGCCUGAUAGACAGAAAUCUCAUUGACUUCUUCGUCCCCUUCCUACCUCUGGAGUAUAAACAUGUGAAAAUGUGUGUCAGGGUGGAACUUGAAUCACGUGGCUACGUUGUGGAUGAAAACAUUGUAAGCGAAGUAGCUGAUGAAAUGACCUACUUCCCCAAGGAGGAAAAAAUUUAUUGUCACAAAGGAUGCAAAACUGUAUACACAAAGUUGGAUUAUUAUUAUGAUUUGUAGUGUUUUAUGAUGCUGCAAUCUGCAAAGGAACAAAUGAACUUGAUCAGAAGCUGUAGAAAAACCAAAACAUUUUAUUAUUUUUUUCAAGCCUUUUUUUUUUUUUUUUUUAAAGGGUACGUUACCCUUUUUUAAUUGUCUGUCUGAGGUACAUAAGUGGCAAUGGACUUGCAUUUUUAUUCUGGGGGAAGCUUUCAGUAGCCACAGCUCCAAAAGACUUCAGGCCUGUGCUGGUCAGUUCAGAAAGAACUGUCUAUGGAGAGGUUGCCCGUCCCUUAUGGAUCAUUGUUUAAAAAUGCUUAUGAUUUUUCUCAAAUCAGGUAUUGAGUGUUAGUUGUGCAGUAGAACACUGACACAUGCACCAGGCCUAUUUUCACCAAGUUACAAUUCGAUGUGGAAAUGAUCUCGAGAUUGUACAGCAAUUUUUAAACAGAGCUCUCAUGUCUUCCUCGGAGGACCCUUCCUCAGAGUUCUGGUUGGACAUGUUCCCAGACCUGCUUUGAAAGGUGGGUAUGUAGUUAUUUGUCCUUAAUCAAAAACACCUUUGGUGCAUUCAGCUCUGUUAGAACCAGUAGGUGACAGAACCUUUUAUAAGAUGUCCUUAUACUUUGAUUUUAUGCGGUGCCAUUAUGAACAUCUCCUUUGGUGCCAAACAGCGUUAGCAGUGUGGGAAGUCCAACCUGGUAGGGGAAUAUUUUUAAACACCGCUGAGUUAAAAAACAAAACUAAAGCAAAAUCCAUGACAAUGUCUCUGUAAUGGAGGUAAUGUCUAUUUUUAGCUGUUUUGACGUGUAAAUUUGGGUACUCAAUUUGCUCUCAUGCUGGUGCUUUUUCAUUUUUCUUGGAACAAUGUUAAAGGGUUGUUGGCUAAAAUCUAAUGAAGCUUCUUGUUUGGAUUGUUGGUUUCAUAGUCACAACCACUAGAAAUGGAAAUCAAACCUGCUUCGUAUGUUUCUGCUCUUUCCUUGCUUUUCCCCCAAACAUAAUAAGGCACUACUAUUAAGGAACACAUGAAGGCAGCUUCAGAACCUCCUGGGAACAUGUUUCAUUACUAUAAGGAUUCAAAUAAAGGCCCUAUAAAACAUC